CUCCGUCGCCGGCUCCUCGGCGCCUCGCCGCCUCCUCAGGAGUGUCCGGGCCGCGCUCAGGCGGGCUCCUCAGCCGCAGCCAUGGGGUGCUGGGGUCGGAACCGGGGCCGGCUGCUCUGCAUGCUGUUACUGACCUUCAUGUUCAUGGUCCUGGAGGUGGUGGUGAGCCGGGUGACCACGUCCCUGGCGAUGCUCUCCGACUCCUUCCACAUGCUGUCGGACGUGCUGGCGCUGGUGGUGGCGCUGGUGGCCGAGCGCUUCGCCCGGCGGACCCACGCCACCCAGAAGAACACCUUCGGCUGGAUCCGGGCCGAGGUGAUGGGGGCUCUGGUGAACGCCAUCUUCCUGACCGGCCUCUGCUUCGCCAUCCUGCUGGAGGCCAUCGAGCGCUUCAUCGAGCCGCACGAGAUGCAGCAGCCGCUGGUGGUCUUCGGGGUCGGCGUGGCGGGGCUGGUGGUCAACGUGCUGGGGCUCUGUCUCUUUCACCACCACAGCGGCUUCGGCGACGACUCCAGCCACAGCCACUCGCAUGGGGGGCACAGCCACGGCCUCGCCAAGGGGGCCCGCAGCAAGAGCAACCGCUCCGGGGGUAGCGACAACGCCGUGACCCCGGGCGAGCAGGGUCCCGACCAGGAGGAGACCAACAUCCUGGUGGCCAACAGCAGCAACUCCAACGGGCUGAAAUUGGACCAGACAGAUCCAGAAAAGUCCAGAAAUGAUGCAAUGGAAGUACAAGUGAAUGGGAAUCUUAUCAGAGAACCUGAAGAGGUGGAAUUGGAAGAGGAUGAAGAUAAGACUGGACAACUUAACAUGCGUGGAGUUUUUCUGCAUGUCUUUGGAGAUGCUUUGGGUUCAGUGAUUGUGGUAGUAAAUGCCUUAGUCUUUUACUUUAAUUGGAAAGGUUGUCCUGAAGGGGAGAUUUGUGUGAACCCGUGUAUACCUGACCCCUGCAAAGCAUUUGUAGAAUUAGUUAAUAGUACUCAGGCAACAGUUCAAGAGGCUGGUCCUUGCUGGGUACUAUAUUUAGAUCCAACUCUUUGUAUUGUAAUGGUUUGUAUACUUCUUUACACAACUUAUCCAUUGCUUAAGGAGUCUGCUCUUAUUCUUCUCCAAACUGUUCCUAAACAAAUUGAUAUCAAAAAUUUGAUAAAAGAACUUCGAAAUGUUGAAGGAGUUGAGGAAGUUCAUGAAUUACAUGUUUGGCAACUUGCUGGAAGCAGAAUCAUUGCCACUGCUCACAUAAAAUGUGAAGACCCGACAUCAUACAUGCAGGUGGCUAAGAUCAUUAAAGACGUUUUCCAUAAUCACGGAAUUCACGCUACCACCAUUCAGCCUGAAUUUGCUAGUGUAGGCUCUAAGUCAAGUGUAGUCCCGUGUGAACUUGCCUGCAGAACUCAGUGCGCUUUGAAGCAAUGUUGUGGGACACGGCCACAAGCCCAGUCUGGAAAGGAUGCAGAAAAGGCCCCAUCAGUUAGCAUUUCUUGUUUAGAACUUAGUGACAAUCUAGAGAAGCAGCCCAAGAGGACUAAAGUUGAAAACAUCCCUGCUGUUGUGAUAGAGAUUAAAAAAAUGCCAAACAAACAACCUGAAUCAUCUUUGUGAGUCUUGAAAGAGAUGUGAUGUUUGACUUUUGCUUUAAACUGCAAGAGGAAAAAAGACUCCAUUGAAAUUCUAUGUUUGCCAAGUAGUGUAAUUGAAGUCCUUGUCUGGUCACACAGUUUAAUUCUAUUUUUGUAAGAACAUAAUGGGACUGCUUAACAGAGUUCUAUAUUACAACUUUGUGAUUAUUAGUGCAGAGUACAGCUAUGCUGUAACAGUUUUGGAAAGCCAGUUUUAACACUAUGUUACAUUUUUGUUUUAAGGAUAAACCUUAUAUAACAUAAUGCUAUUUGAUUUCCAGUUUUUCAAUGGUAAAAACUAAUUAGGGGGAUAAAUAAAUUUAAAUUGUUACUGGAAUUUCUCUGCUUUUCUUUUCCCCCAGUGUUAUAUUUUGUUUGUUAGAAUUAUAAUUGCUAGAACUCUAAAAAUCAACAGGUCUGUUUCCUUUGACGUUUUAUGUAAUAUUUACUUGCCCUUUGAGAUCAUUACAUAGCAUAAUGACAGCGUAUUUUAAGAAUGACUCAUAAAUAUUAUUAGGAAAAGUUCUUUUUUUCCUUCACAUGGGGUUUUAUGAUACUGAAGAUCAGUUACUACUCUGUAUCCUAUGUUGCUGAGUAGUAUUCUAAUAAACAGACAAUUAAAUUGAACUAGUGUACCUAUAAUAGGACAUAUGGGCAGUAAGAGCAGGGAAGGAAGUUUUACCAAAUUAAAUAUUUAGAUUCUUGUAAGUUAAUAAUCAGACUACAUAUCUAAAUUAUUCUGAGAAUUUUAACUUUAAAAACAAAACAAAAUAAAACAAAGGUAGCCUGAAAGAUGGAUAUGUUCACCAGCAUUACUUUCUUUGAAAGAUUGGCAUUAGAAACAGAGUUGAAAGUUUACUCAUAAAAUAUAUACGAUAAAUAUUUUUAAGACUGUUUAAUUUAAUCUAAUAAUUACAUGUUAAAUGAAAGCUUAUUAAUCUAAUCUUUUAAAUUGUGAGUUUUAAAAAUAACUUCAGAGUCAUUUCACAGUGACCAAUCAUGAAUGGAUUCAAACAGCUUUUUGAGCCCAACCAACAAUGCUUGUGCUUUGCCAAGAGCCAUUCUGUCUUGACAUUGCUUAGACCUUCCAAUAGUGGCUUAUUUUGCAAGAUGUCUUAGUAUCUAUACAGGAAACUGUUUUUGGCUAUUUCAUUGUUCGUAUGGAUUUCAAAUCCAUACACAAAUAUUAUUUAAGGGUAUUUAAGUUAUAUUUUUCUGAUAGAGAGGGAUUAUGCUUUGUGAAGAAACUAGAUUUUUUGUCCUCAAAAGGAUGAAUAUUAAUAUCAGUUAUCAUGUAUAGCUCUAUUUUUCUAGAAACAAGGUAUCCUGACUACUUUAGUACCUUUUAUAGCUGACUACUUUGGGGAUGGCUACCUUUUGGGAUUUGAAAUAAUUCAUUGUUUAGUGGGUCUUAAGAUGAAAACGUUGGCAUUUGACAGUUAACUUUUUAAAGGGAUGAUCUUUUGUGGUAGACAGUGUGAUUUUUUCCUAGUAUAAGCCUGUUGCUGGCAAUGGGCCUGUUUAAGAACACCCGAUUUUUCCAUUGAGAAUGAGGUAAUUUUAGGAACACAGUUUGUAAGUUCAUAUUUACUAUAAUGGGCCAAAACCAUAACCUGCCAAUAUGCAAUACAUCUUUAUCAUUUAAUACACUUCUGAUAUUGUAUAUUUCAAUUCCUAAACUGGUAGUUACUUGGAAUUUUGCAAACAUUUUUUUAAAACAUGAAAUUGGGGGAAUUUCAUAUGAGGGAACAAGAGAAAGCUUCAAAUUAUAUCAUGUACAUUCUUGAUUUACCAUUUUUUGAAGAUCUCAAAACAAUUUAUAUUAUAGAAAUAUUUCAGUAGUGAUAUAAAAGGAUAACUGGUAAUAUAUAUUACAUUCAAUGAGGUUUUCUUUACAAUGCUCUAUUGGGUCUAUUAAAGGUUGCAUAAGGCAUAAGACAUCAACUGAAAGAAGUUUUUUUUAAAUGGUGUAUAAGCAUGGGACAAGGGCUAUUUUUUUUUUUCAAAGUGCUUUGAAAGUAACAGCCUUUAGAUUUUAGUUAUUUCACUUUUCAUAAUUUUAAGUAGCUCAUAAGUAACAAAGUGGUACCAUAGGAUUCUCUUUUUCAAAGGAUUUCUGUCAUAAUAGUAAAAUCAUGUGGGCUCUGACUCACCUUUUCAGUUUUAGGAGAGAGUUAUUUAUUUCUUUACAAUGCACUUUCUAACCCAUUUUUAGCUAUAUUAGCAUUAUCUUUAAAAAAUGCUUUUAUAUUUAAAUAUUGUGGGAUUUAAGUGUCUUUUCCAAAAUAGUUUAUUCCUUCCUGAAAGAAAAUGAGGGAAAUUCCAUUAAUUAUUAGGAGACUUAAACCCAAUAUUUAAAUGCUGUUUUAUAACACUGCAUCAGUUUUAGGAGGUGCAUCUCUCCUGCUGGCUCUUUUAUAUUUGAGCAAGAUCAGUGUAUUUAGAAUAUGUGUUUAGAAAUAUGUCUGUUGUCUCAAUUUAGUAAGAAGGAGGUGCUGCAUUCCUGAAUUAAAACGAACCCAGACAUUUUUUUCCAACCUAAAUUCCGCCUUAGUGAUGAGAGAGAUUUAAUUCUCCAUUGUCACCUUUUAGUUAUAUGAUUGUUUAGUAAAAUUUUUUUUCAGAGAGCAUCUGCCCUGUAUAAAGUAUGAACUAGAACCUAAAGGAAAAGUAAAAAACUCAGAAACUUUGCUGUGUGUAUUUUAACAUUUUAGAAAGUAGUAUGUUUGAGUAACUAAGGUAUGUAAUUUGAACAGGAAGGAUUUGUAUCAAGAGCACCUUGGAAAAUCACAAGUAGAAGACUAUUAAUGUUUGUAUCUUGUUAACAUCCUCAGUUAAUUUGAAUUUUUGAAAGUUUUGAAGGAAAAGGCCUAUGGAACCUAAUGUGAAGUAUUUAGUAGGCUAACUGGUAUUGAGUUGUAGAUUUUUACUGUUUAUAAACAAAUAUCAUUUGAUGAAAUGUCAUUUACCUGCUGUCUUAAGAUGUUCACACAUUCACAAAUAUGGAGAAGAAUCCUACAAUAUAGAAAUAUUUAUUUUAAUAGAGUUUCAGUUAAGUCAUAAAACAGUGUUAAAACUUGGGAAGGUGGAGGGAGGGCUUGUUGUUUUUUAAAUUGAAACUGUCAUACAGUGUUUGACCAUCUGAAACGGGAAUUAUAAUAGCACUAUUUUGAUGUAACUCUACCGCUAUUAUGUGGCAAUGCUAUUUAGUUUUACUAACAAGUUCUGAAAUACUUAGCAGUCAUUUUCACUGGCACAGGAGCCUUUUGUAUGUCAUUCAAUUUAAACUUUAAACCAAAAACUUUAUGGUUCAGUGUCUUUGGCAAAAAGAUACUGAAGGGAAUGUAACAUACAAUUAAUAUGUGGUUAUAUAUAAAAAGACACAAAUUACCAUGUUAUGGUUCUGCCUUGAAACAGCACAAUGAGUGUAUCAGUGUAUUCUGUGAUUCUUUAUGAAACUUCUAUGUUGUGUUGUUUUGUGUCUGCCACAGGGUGUCCUUUGGGCCAGAUGUGGCACAGUUAAAUGCAGUUAUCAUCUCAUGAAAUGCAGAUGCAGAUAAAAUGUCUUUAGUGCUGCAAAAUUUUACCUAACUUUUUGUAUGUUUCUGACUGUGCGUUGUUUUCCAAAGCUGUUCCUACCUCACCAUGAGGCUUUAUGGAUUGUUAUGUAUUAUAAAUGUUCUUUAUGAGACAGACUACUGUGUUUCUUCUCAUUUAUUAAAAGUUAAGUAGAAAAAUAAA